GAAUCCCCAAUCCGGCUGAAUUUAUCAAGCGUGAAAAACCAUUUGAAAGGAAGGCCUAGAAGAACAGAGGAAACAAGAAGGUCCUUUCUCUUUUCCCUGCUUGGAAAGCUCAUUAUUCCUCAAGCUCCCCUCUGUCUGAGAAGCACUCCCCCUCCUCUACCUUACUUCACUCUUUUAGUCUCCGCCUAACCUCUCCACAAGCCCACACUGUGAGUGACUAACACUAGUUUUUCUUUCACUAUGGCACCGCCUCCCUUCUCUCACUGGCCCCCUUAUUCCCUCAUCCUCGUCACUGCUCCCUCCUUUCCUUUCUCCUCCCCUCUCCUCUAUCUCUCCUCGUUCUCUUCAUUGCUGGUUGCUCACACCAGCCAGCACACAGCCAAAGAGCUCCUGUGUCCCGCUCACACUGAGCGCGCUUUAAACCACAACUUAACCCUGAAAAAACCCCAAACAACAACAAAAACAGAGACCGUACUCCAAAGGAAGUUAUUGCUCAAGUCUUAAGGCAACGUGGGAGCCUCGAACCAAAGGACAGGUGUGACAGAGAGAGAGCAGAACAAGUAACAAGUGGAUUCGCGGCACCAUUGUUCCCAGCGCGGUUUAGUGGAGUUCACUUUCCUGCAGAAGCUAUGACUCAGAGCAAUGGGGAGAACCCACAGAGGACCCGGAGCGGUCUGCAUCGGAUCCGGGAUGGGAUCCAGUCGCGAUCUCUGCUCGCUAGGAAGAGAGUGGAGAACAUCACAAAGGAUGAUGUGAAGGGAUUCUUCAUGAGAAAUGCCUUUGUGAUAUUAACCGUUGUAGCCGUUAUUAUUGGUAUACUGUUGGGAUUUGCUCUGCGACCUUAUAAAAUGUCUUACCGCGAAGUGAAGUUCUUCUCUUUUCCUGGGGAACUGCUGAUGAGAAUGCUUCAGAUGCUGGUGCUGCCCCUGCUGGUUUCCAGUCUCAUCACAGGUAUGGCCGCUUUGGACAGCCGUGCUUCUGGUAAAAUGGGUUUGAGGGCGGUGGUCUACUACACCACCACCACCGUCAUUGCCGUGUUCAUCGGCAUCAUUAUGGUGCUCAUCAUUCACCCUGGUAAAGGGUCAAAGGAUGAGUUUGCCAAGCAGCCGAAGAUAGAGCAGAUCAGCACUGCUGAUGCCUUCCUGGAUCUGAUCAGAAACAUGUUUCCUCCUAACAUUGUGGAAGCUUGCACCAAACAGUUCAAGACGCAUUAUGCCAAGAGAGUAGUCCAUGUGACGAUGACGGUGAAUGAUACCAUAUUCACUCUGAACGGUAGCCAAGAGAUGACCCGGGAGGAGAUGAUCCCCGUGCCAGGGACAGUUAAUGGAAUCAAUGCUCUGGGCCUGGUGGUGUUCUCCAUGUGUUUCGGUCUGAUCAUCGGCAGCAUGGGGGAGCAGGGACAGCCCCUCAAGGACUUCUUUGACUGUCUCAAUGAAGCCAUCAUGAGGCUGGUUGCUAUAAUCAUGUGGUACGCCCCUAUUGGCAUCUUGUUCCUGAUUGCCGGUAAGAUCGUGGAGAUGGACGACAUUUCAACGAUGGGUGGUCAGCUGGGAAUGUACACAGUGACGGUCAUCUGUGGGCUGCUCAUCCACGCCAUCGUCGUCCUGCCAACGCUCUACUUCGUCAUCACCAGGAAGAGCCCCUUUGUUUUCAUCGCAGGUCUGUUGCAGGCACUCAUCACUGCCCUGGGAACAUCCUCCAGCUCAGCUACUUUGCCCAUCACUUUUAAAUGCCUGGAGGAAAACAACAAAGUGGACAAGCGUGUAACCCGUUUUGUGCUCCCUGUCGGUGCCACAAUAAACAUGGAUGGCACAGCUCUAUAUGAAGCCCUGGCAGCCAUCUUCAUCGCUCAGGUCAAUGAUUAUGACCUUAACUUCGGUCAGAUUCUCACCAUCAGUAUCACUGCCACAGCAGCCAGUAUUGGAGCAGCAGGAAUUCCACAGGCAGGAUUGGUUACUAUGGUGAUAGUGCUAACAUCGGUAGGCCUGCCCACUGAUGACAUCUCACUCAUCAUUGCUGUUGAUUGGUUCCUGGACCGAUUGCGCACCACCACCAAUGUCCUUGGAGACUCAAUUGGUGCAGGUAUAGUGGAGCACCUGUCUCGUCAUGAGCUGCAGAAGAAGGACCCUGAGGUGGGCAACUCCGUGGUGGAGGAGGCCAACAAGAAGCCCUACCAGCUCAUCUGCCAGGAGAAUGAGUAUGAGAAUGAGAGGCCUGCCGACAGCGAGACCAAGAUGUAGAGGGGGGGAUUUUCAUUUGAGGUUACAUGCUGUCUUUUAACUAAUCUCUUCUUGAUUUGCAAACCUUCCUCUCACAUGAUUGGAGCGUUCAAAUUGAUGUACAGCUAGGAUAUAUUUCCGCCAAGUGAGUUCCAAUAAUGUGGGAGGUCUGUUACGGGCUUUCCUGACACACUAUACACUUGAAUUGUUCAUUGCUGCAUUGUUUUUUCCAAGGGUCUGGACUACGAUGCUUCCUAAGAGUACUAUACAUGUCUGCCAUAGGGUGGCAGCUGUUUACUAUUAAACAUGAACUACUCAAGAGCCUGGUGGUCUGUGGCCUGCCUGCCAUAUCCAACUUCUCUCAGAAUGGUGAUGACUAAUCUCACCUUAACACCGCAGCAGAUUGCAGUCCAUACUUGAACAGACUUUUCACAUCUUGAUAGAAACUUUUUUUUUCUCACUGUACAGCUGUUGCUGUUGCUUUUUCUGUUUUUGUUUGGGUAGUGUGAAAUAUAUCUGUGAAAUAUGUAGUACAAAUCUUUCUGGAAACUGAUAUGAAAAGUGUUGGAUAUCAUGCACAUACGCUGGAGUGACCAGGCCAAUGUCUUUGUGGGAAGGGGGCAGUCUGCUUUGAAAAUUCUGUACAGUCAUCGGUGGCUUUGAUUUCUAUAAUCUGGUUUAUAGACGUCAGCUGUAUGAAUGAUGUAAUUUACCUUAAGGCACCCGUACUUCUGUCCCCAAACUGUCCAAACCAGCAACUGCUAUUGUCUUGGCAAAUAACCAGCCCUGUUUUUUUUUUUGUGACACAUAUUUCUCAAACCAAUCACUACAAUCAUUAAGACUGAUGAACCAAAAUCUCUUAGCCAUGUGGUUCAUUUGCUAAGAUGAGAAUUUGAACUGUCAUCAAAUCAGAACUUUAAGCCAUUACAUUUCAACCAAAAAAAAACAAACAAGCAAACACCAAAAUA